AUGAUGCUGCCCUUCAGGAGUGAAGCAGGAGAUCCCACCUUGGAUACUGCCCCUGCUGGCUGCAAGCUGUGCCCCCAGGACUGGCAGCUCCGUGGGGAGAUAUGCUACUGGCUCUCCAAGGAGUCGGGGAACUGGACUCGGGGCAGGAAAAGCUGCGAAGAUCAGGGCUCUGAGCUGGUGGUGCUCAAGAAUGAGACAGAAAUGGAGAACGUCGAGAGUGUCACAGGCAGGCGCCCGUGGUCGGUGUGGGUCGGGUUGAGGUCGCGGCAGAAGGAGUGGACGUGGGUGGACAACACCCCCUACAACCCCCACAGGUUUGGGGUCCUGCGGGAGCUGGAUGAAGGGUGUGGGACCCUGAAAGGCAAGAGCUUGGAUCUUGAUAUCUGUGCCAGUGACCACAAGUGGGUUUGCCAAAAAGCCCCUUUCCAGCUCUCCCCGCCCACGGCAGGAGACGUUGGGAAGCUGGAUGAUGCUUCCACCUGACACACUCGGGCAACGGACCCCAUGUGGUAUAACAAAAUCAUUUAUUACAGUUCUUUCAUGGUUUAUCCACCCUGUUACAGCCGCAGUAAAUUCCAGUCAGUAGCUUUUCUCUAUAUCCACUUUUUAGUUAAGCAUUCUCUGCCCAGGAGAAAAAUACUCCCAAGCAAUUUCAGACACACACGGAUACAUCUCACCACGUCUGUAUUCAGAUUGCCAAGUUCCCCUUAAGUUUCUCCCAGAGUCACAUAAUCUCAGUACCUACACUUAAGUGUUAUUUUUAUGCUUUUACAUUACUAUAGAUGACAAUAAACCAAGUGGCUCCAUCCCUGCUUUCCUUUGCAACCAAACUCUCCU